UCCUUCCUUCAUUCAUUCAUUUACUCAUUUCAUUGCAUUGUUCUGUGUGCUUCCUGUCCGCUCUCUUUCCCUUCCUCCGCACAGUGCCAAUUCAGUACUCACCCACUCCAGAUCCGCUCCCCUAUCAUGCUUAGAUGCUGUCACCUCUCUCUUCACAGAGUAAAUAAAAGGUAGAAAGCAGCUAUCCCCCAAUGCCCUGCACUUCAUCUAUACAUUUACCUGCACCUAAUUCUAUCCUUUCUUUUCUCCUGUUAUCAUAAUGGAAGAAGAGGACCCUAGGUUCUGCAUUUUGCCUCUUAUGGAACUUCAUUCCAUGCCUUAACUUCUCCUUCAUCUUUUAACUUCUUCCUUUUGCUGGCUCUUGUCAAUUUGUCAGUUCUACUCUAUCUUAAAGCACAUACACAGGCAAUCAACACCAAAACAAUUUGAAAAAAAAAAUCCUCUAUUUCAUUUUAUCUGUAGCUGCUAUCACAUCUCCGUCUGCCCUUCACAGCCAAGCUUUUCGAAUAGCAGAUCACUGUUGUCCUAUACUAGUGAAGAUGUCCAAAUUAAAGACAGAUUUGCUGUACAUCACAAGUCACCACUUUCUGGGGGUAGUCCAGUCCACUCCUCUCCUUGGUAUCCUUUCCUUUUCUGAAGUUAUUUUAAACAUAAAAAGAGGAUUCUUCCAUUUGGAUGUUUUAAUAUAACUACAAACUCAAUUUAUAUUGAAACCAUUACUUUUUUAGAAAAUUUGAGUCUAAAACUAGUGGCCUGGCGGCCUGGCUUUUUUUUUUUUUUUUUUUUUUUUGAGAUGGAGUCUCACUCUGUCACCCAGGCUGGAGUGCAGUGGUACAAUAUUGGCUCACUGCAACCUCCGCCUUCUAGUUGAAGCGAUUCUCAUGCCUCAGCCUCCCAAGUAGCUGGGAUUACAGGCAUGUGCCACCACACCCGGCUAUUUUUUUUAUUUCUAGUAGAGAUGGGGUUUCACCAUGUUGGCCGCCAGGCUGGUCUCGAACUCUUGACCUCAGGUGAUCCGCCUGCCUCACCCUCCCAAAGUGCUGGGAUUACAGGCGUGAGCCACUGCGCCUGGCCUAUGGCCUGGCUAUUAAUGGUGUGUAAUUCUUAUUGAAUGGCUGUUUUUCCACUUAAUGGAAAGGCAUUAUUAUGUGAGGCCUGUAAGGGACUAAACCUUUGUAUAUAAGAAUAGGGUCUCAGUUGAAGCUGUGGGUUUUGAACUCUGGAAACAAAGGGAGUUGUUCUGUAACAGGAAAUGAGACGGUGGUGCCCCACCGCAUGGAGAUUCCCAGGUUUGAAACAAAGAAACCACAGAAUAUGCUGCAAAGCUGUGUGCCAUGGGCAGAAGAGUGAAAGGGGACAGCACCUGUGAGCCUCACGAAAGGGCUGGCCAUAGUUUGACCAGCAGCUUGAAUAUUGCUGGCCUGACCGUUCUUGCACAGCACAUUUUCACCUUCUAGUUCUUCCCCUUUUGUUUAGUAAAGGCUUUUUGGUGGGUUUCAUCUUACCUCUUGCUAAAAAGAAAGAGGGCUUUGGGUCCAUGUGGGGGCUCUGAGCUUUUAUUGGAGAACGGUGUGGCCCUGGAGCUGGCAUGGUGGUUCAAAUGGUCACCCCUGUGUGAUGACUACAGGGAGGAAAGUGGUGAGGGCCACUGUUCAGGUAGCCACACAUCUGGACAUCCCCUGGACAGUACUGAAGCCUGGAGGUUCAAUGUUUUAUUUUCACAGAAGAGCUGCUUACCUUAAGAGCAUGCUGGACACCCCCUAUCCCCUAGACACCCAGGCAUGAAACCAAGGAGUCAUCUACUCAAACUGUCAUCCGAGGUGUCUUUCCUUGAAAUAAAUACUCAAAAGAAAAUAGUGCUACUCUCAAGAACAGCACAGUCCCAUAAAACUUUUGGUGAUGACAGAAUGUUCUGUAUUUGUGCUGUUUAACAUGGUAGCCACUAGCCACAGAGGGUAAAUGGACACCUUUUGAAGAUGCCACAGCGACAGGCAUCAUUCACUUUUUUUAGUCUUUUCUUCAAAUGGUGUCCAUUUACCCUCUGCUCUCUCCUGCAGUCACAGAGGUCACUGUCCCCAGUAGGUUGUCACCUGCUUGUACCUGUGCCUGUAUUCUCUCCACCUUGACUGCCUUCUGUUUUCCCAUCUACCUGCUCAUCUCCCACCUGCCCCCCUUAGUUUAUGUACCCUCCUACCUCAAGAAGCUUUUAUUUCUAUUUUACAUGAAAGUAAAAUAGAGCACUUGAACAUAGGUUAUUUGAUAUAUAUGGAAUGUCCACUUAGCCUUGCCCUAAUUUUCUGACAAAAUAUAAGACAAUUACAAAUUCUGGCUUUGUCUUCUAACUUCAGCCUAACUUAUUACAAAAUAAUAUUCAUGGGAAAAAAAGUGAUAUCUCACCAAUAGAUUAAUUUUAAUCAUCUUAUAUGAUGGAUCCUACAGCUUUUGGGCCAUUCUGCUGAAAUGGAGGACAGUACUGCCACCCAGAAAAUGAUGUCAGCUCAAGCCUGAUCUUUCCUAUUCACUCUUUGAAAAGUCUAGAGGGUCAAGGGCAACAAGCUUCUUAGAAGGGUCAGUAUUGUACUAAGCUUCAUGACCUUCCGCCUUUCAGAAGUCCUGCCUGUGUUUCGUGUGGGGGACCAGCUUCAUUGCCCCUGAGCUUGGACCGCACUCCCCAGUCUGGGAAGCCCAGUCGCAGGGCUAAGCGUUCCAGGCCACUGAUUGGCUUGCUGUGGAUCUGCUAGCAGGAACCUCUGCACAUGUAUGAGCACCACUGUCGCCCCUUGGGCCACCUCGUGCCAGUCUCUAAGGCUGGGUGGCGGGGUGCUGUGACACCAGGGGUGACCAGAGAGCGGCAGCAGCUCACAAUGAUCAAACGAUCGUGAAGAGGGACACCUGCGAACCAAGGCGCCACGGCAGGUGCUGCCCAUAGACACCGCAGGAGGGAAUAAAGGGCGAGACCCCCGCCUUCACCACAGUUUUCUCAGCCUGCAGGGAGGGAGGACGUGCGAGGCCGAUGCGUGGAGGCUAUGGGCAUGCUGGCCAGUGCUGGUUUGUUGCUGUUGCUGGUCAUCGGCCACCCCAGAAGCCUAGGACUGAAGUGUGGAAUUCGCAUGGUCAACAUGAAAAGUAAGGAACCUGCCGUGGGAUCAAGAUUCUUCUCUAGAAUUAGUAGUUGGAGAAAUUCAACAGUGACUGGACAUCCAUGGCAGGUCUCCCUAAAAUCAGAUGAGCACCACUUCUGUGGAGGAAGCUUGAUUCAAGAAGAUCGGGUUGUUACAGCAGCACACUGCCUGGACAGCCUCAGUGAGAAGCAACUGAAGAAUAUAACUGUGACUUCUGGGGAUUACAGCCUCUUUCAGAAGGAUAAGCAAGAACAGAAUAUUCCUGUCUCAAAAAUUAUUACCCAUCCUGAAUACAACAGCUGUGAAUAUAUGAGUCCUGAUAUUGCACUGCUGUAUCUAAAACACAAAGUCAAGUUUGGAAAUGCUGUUCAGCCAAUCUGUCUUCCUGACAGUGAUGAUAAAGUUGAACCAGGAAUUCUUUGCUUAUCCAGUGGAUGGGGCAAGAUUUCCAAAACAUCAGAAUAUUCAAAUGUCCUACAAGAAAUGGAACUUCCCAUCAUGGAUGACAGAGCGUGUAAUACUGUGCUCAAGAGCAUGAACCUCCCUCCCCUGGGAAGGACCAUGCUGUGUGCUGGCUUCCCUGAUGGGGGAAUGGACGCCUGCCAGGGGGACUCUGGAGGACCACUGGUUUGUAGAAGAGGUGGUGGAAUCUGGAUUCUUGCUGGAAUAACUUCCUGGGUAGCUGGUUGUGCUGGAGGUUCAGCUCCCGUAAGAAACAACCAUGUGAAGGCAUCACUUGGCAUUUUCUCCAAAGUGUCUGAGUUGAUGGAUUUUAUCACUCAAAACCUGUUCACAGGUUUGGAUCGGGGCCAACCCCUCUCAAAAGUGGGCUCAAGGUGUAUAACAAAGGCCCUGAGUUCUGUCCAAGAAGUGAAUGGAAGCCAGAGAGGAGAGGAUUGUAAACCUCAGGGGACAGUGUUAUUUGGAGAAAGUGGGAAGAUUUGUUACCCCCAUUCCAAAGGAGACUACUAUUCUCAUAAUUGCUUAUAUGUUUGGAAAAUAAUGGUACCAGAAGAUAAAAUAAUCCUGAUAAAAUUUACAAGUUUAGACAUGGAAAAGCAAGUUGGAUGUGAUCAUGACUAUGUAUCUUUACGAUCAAGCAGUGGAGUGCUUUUUAGUAAGGUCUGUGGAAAAAUAUUGCCUUCACCAUUGCUGGCAGAGACCUGUGAGGCCAUGGUUCCAUUUGUUUCUGAUACAGAAGACAGUGGCAGUGGCUUUGAGCUUACCUUUACUGCCGUACAGAAGUCAGAAGCAGGGUCAGGUUGUGGGAGUCUGGCUAUAUUGGUAGAAGAAGGGACAAAUCACUCUGCCAAGUAUCCUGAUUUGUAUUCCAGUAACAUAAGGUGUCAUUGGUUCAUUUGUGCUCCAGAGAAACACAUUAUAAAGUUGACAUUUGAGGACUUUGCUGUCAAAUUUAGUCCAAACUGUAUUUAUGAUGCUGUUGUGAUUUAUGGUGAUUCUGAAGAAAAGCACAAGUUAGCUAAACUUUGUGGAAUGUUGACCAUCACUUCAAUAUUCAGUUCUAGUAACAUGACGGUGAUAUACUUUAAAAGUGAUGGUAAAAAUCGUUUGCAAGGCUUCAAGGCUAGAUUUACCAUUUUGCCCUCAGAGUCUUUAAACAAAUUUGAACCAAAGUUACCUCCCCAAAACAAUCCUGUAUCUACCGUAAAAGCUAUUCUGCAUGAUGUCUGUGGCAUCCCUCCAUUUAGUCCCCAGUGGCUUUCCAGAAGAAUCGCGGGAGGGGAAGAAGCCUGCCCCCACUGUUGGCCAUGGCAGGUGGGUCUGAGGUUUCUAGGCGAUUACCAAUGUGGAGGUGCCAUCAUCAACCCAGUGUGGAUUCUGACCGCAGCCCACUGUGUGCAAUUGAAGAAUAAUCCACUCUCCUGGACUAUUAUUGCUGGGGACCAUGACAGAAACCUGAAGGAAUCAACAGAGCAGGUGAGAAGGGCCAAACACAUAAUAGUGCAUGAAGACUUUAACACACUAAGUUAUGACUCUGACAUUGCCCUAAUACAACUAAGCUCUCCUCUGGAGUACAACUCGGCGGUGAGGCCAGUAUGUCUCCCACACAGCACAGAGCCUCUAUUUUCCUCGGAGAUCUGUGCUGUGACCGGAUGGGGAAGCAUCAGUGCAGAUGGUGGCCUAGCAAGUCGCCUACAGCAGAUUCAAGUGCAUGUGUUAGAAAGAGAGGUCUGUGAACACACUUACUAUUCUGCCCAUCCAGGAGGGAUCACAGAGAAGAUGAUCUGUGCUGGCUUUGCAGCAUCUGGAGAGAAAGAUUUCUGCCAGGGAGACUCUGGUGGGCCACUAGUAUGUAGACAUGAAAAUGGUCCCUUUGUCCUCUAUGGCAUUGUCAGCUGGGGAGCUGGCUGUGUCCAGCCAUGGAAGCCGGGUGUAUUUGCCAGAGUGAUGAUCUUCUUGGACUGGAUCCAAUCAAAAAUCAAUGGUCCUGCUUCACUUCAGACAAAUAAUAAAUGCAAAACCUUAAAACAACAAUUGCCACCACCCACACCUUCACCAGAGAGUGCAUCUUGGCCAGGUUGUUGCUCUGAAGCAGAGCUAGAAAAGCCUAGAGGCUUUUUUCCCACACCACGGUAUCUACUGGAUUAUAGAGGAAGACUGGAAUGUUCUUGGGUGCUCAGAGUUUCACCAAGCAGUAUGGCAAAAUUUACCAUUGAGUAUCUGUCACUCCUGGGGUCUCCUGUGUGUCAAGACUCAGUUCUAAUUAUUUAUGAAGAAAGACACAGUAAGAGAAAGACGGCAGGUGGAUUACAUGGAAGAAGACUUUACUCAAUGACUUUCAUGAGUCCUGGACCGCUGGUGAGGGUGACAUUCCAUGCCCUUGUACGAGGUGCAUUUGGUAUAAGCUAUAUUGUCUUGAAAGUCCUAGGUCCAAAGGACAGUAAAAUAACCAGACUUUCCCAAAGUUCAAACAGAGAGCACUUGGUCCCUUGUGAGGAUGUUCUUCUGACCAAGCCAGAAGGGAUCAUGCAGAUCCCAAGAAAUUCUCACAGAACUACUAUGGGUUGCCAAUGGAGAUUAGUAGCCCCUUUAAAUCACAUCAUUCAGCUUAAUAUUAUUAACUUCCCGAUGAAGCCAACAACUUUUGUCUGUCAUGGUCAUCUGCGUGUUUACGAAGGAUUUGGACCAGGAAAAAAAUUAAUAGGUAACUGAUUUCCCAUGAAUCUCUAUGCUACUGAUUUUUCUCUGAUGAAACAUGUUUAGAUUGUUUCAUAUUCAGUAUGUGGCUUACAUGUGACAUACACUAGUCUCUUCUUAUAGGAUGUUGAAAUAGACUUACUGUUAAACUUGUGUCAGAUUUAAAAUUAAGAUAUAAAAUCUCCUCAGGUUUAGUUAAAAACAAAGUCCAACAACGUUUCUUACAUGGAUCAUACCUAGAUUAAAAUUGCUCAGAAAUACUAAAAAUAAAGAAUGAAUGAAGCAGUUUUAGACAAAAACACAAGAAAAUUAAGACUAUAAAAUUAAUAAGGCAAAAUAAUCACAGCAAAAGGCAUUACAUGAGUUUAUCAAUUGGUAGUAGUUAGAAGCCUGGUUACUUUAAUUUAAACUCAUUAUUUUCUUUUUUUUUGGCACAAAUCGUUGUUUUUAUUUAAUUUGGGAAAAACAUCUUUACAAGUUGAUAAAUACUAGAAUUGUCAAUGAGAAAAAUGCUACUGAAAUACCUAUUUUUCUCUUUGAUGGCAGAAUUUCCUAAAUAUUUGCAUUUUCACAUAUUUUAUCUCAUACAUUAGCUGACAUUACUUAGUUGUAUAUGGAUCUAUUCUUAAUAAAAUAAAGAGAAAAACAUAAAGAGAGGAAAAGGAUUAUUAAAUUUGGUAUUACAAUUGUGUAGAAGUUUCCCCAUCAUAAAAUUUCUUUUUUUAAUUUAUUUUAUUUUAUUAUUAUUAUACUUCAAGUUUUAGGGUACAUGUCCACAAUGGGCAGUUAGUUACAUAUGUAUACAUGUGCCAUGCUGGUGUGCUGCACCCAUUAACUCGUCAUUUAGCAUUAGGUAUAUCUCCUAAAGCAAUCCCUCCCCCCUCCCCCCACCCCACAACAGUCCACAGAGUGUGAUGUUCCCCUUCCUGUGUCCAUGUGUUCUCAUUGUUCAAUUCCCACCUAUGAGUGAGAAUAUGCGGUGUUUGGUUUUUUGUUCUUGUGAUAGUUUACUGAGAAUGAUGAUUUCCAAUUUCAUCCAUGUCCCUACAAAGGACAUGAACUCAUCAUUUUUUAUGGCUGCAUAAUAUUCCAUGGUGUAUAUGUGCCACAUUUUCUUGAUCCAGUCUAUCAUUGUUGUACAUUUGGGUUGGUUCCAAGUCUUUGCUAUUGUGAAUAGUGCCGCAAUAAACAUACGUGUGCAUGUGUCUUUGUAGCAGCAUGAUUUAUAGUCCUUUGGGUAUAUACCCAGUAAUGGGAUGGCUGGGUCAAAUGGUAUUUCUAGUUCUAGAUCCCUGAGGAAUCGCCACACUGACUUCCACAAUGGUUGAACUAGUUUACAGUCCCACCAACAGUGUAAAAGUGUUCCUAUUUCUCCACAUCCUCUCCAGCACCUGUUGUUUCCUGACUUUUUAAUGAUCGCCAUUCUGACUGGUGUGAGAUGGUAUCUCAUUGUGGUUUUGAUUUGCAUUUCUCUGAUGGCCAGUGACAGUGAGCAUUUUUUCAUGUGUUUUUUGUCUGCAUAAAUGUCUUCUUUUGAGAAGUGUCUGUUCAUGUCCUUCGCCCAUUUUUUGAUGGGGUUCUUUGUUUUUUUCUUGUAAAUUUGUUUGAGUUCAUUGUAUAUUCUGGAUAUUAGCCCUUUCUCAGAUGAGUUGGUUGCGAAAAUUUUCUCCCAUUUUGUAGGUUGCCUGUUCACUCUGAUGGUAGUUUCUUUUGCUGUGCAGAAGCUCUUUAGUUUAAUUAGAUCCCAUUUGUCAAUUUUGGCUUUUGUUGCCAUUGCUUUUGGUGUUUUAGACAUGAAGUCCUUGCCCAUGUCUAUGUCCUGAAUGGUAAUGCCUAGGUUUUCUUCUAGGGUUUUUUAUGGUUUUAGGUCUAACAUGUAAGUCUUUAAUCCAUCUUGAAUUAAUUUUUGUAUAAGGUGUAAGGAAGGGAUCCAGUUUCAGCUUUCUACAUAUGGCUAGCCAGUUUUCCCAGCACCAUUUAUUUAAUAGGGAAUCCUUUCCCCAUUGCUUGUUUUUGUCAGGUUUGUCAAAGAUCAGAUAGUUGUAGAUAUGCGGCGUUAUUUCUGAGGGCUCUGUUCUGUUCCAUUGAUCUAUAUCUCUGUUUUGGUACCAGUGCCAUGCUGUUUUGGUUACUGUAGCCUUGUAGUAUAGUUUGAAGUCAGGUAGUGUGAUGCCUCCAGCUUUGUUCUUUUGGCUUAGGAUUGACUUGGCAAUGCGGGUUGUCAACCCGCAAGGAUUUUGGGUGGUCAACCAACAUUUCUGGACACCAUGGGAUACGUGGGACUUUGGGAAUUAUCUCAAAUCUUUCUAAGACUCGGUUUCCUCAUUUGUGAGCGGAAACACCCCACCACCAUGCACACUAUGGUCUAUGAAUUCCCAGUUUACUUAAUCAAGGAUACCAAUGCGUAAUGAAGUAAAAGCCCAGAGAAAGAGGAUGUAUGGCUUUUUGCUGGCCUUUGCCUUCCUAAGAAGGGCCCAGAUACAAGUGUCACUCUCCAUGCAGGUAGGGUCCUCUCAGAGUGGGUAAAAAAGCCAAUUGCUAAACUGCUGUCUUUUUUAUUCUUCAGAUUUACAAUACCAUCCUAGAAGUAAGUGCAUUAAGAAUAUUUGUGUUUCUAUUUAGGAGAAUGUUGAUGAGCACUGAGCUUUCUUGGUUCCUAAGCCAAUUCAGCACCAAGAAGACCACAGCUUCUUGUGGGGAGACUGCAGUAUCUAUGAAAAUGAUGUAUACUUCUAUCUUUCUUGCCCUACAGAACACCUGUUACCAUGCACUGCCUCAUGAGGUUGUUUUGAGAAUUAAAUAAGAGAAGGCAUGUUAAUCAAUACUAAGAAACCAAGCUUGCAUUUUAUUUGGAUUAGAAAUAUCUAUUAUGAUUCCUAUUCUUAAAAUUGUGCUGCUUGGAGGAGUUUAGACUGUCUCCCUAUUGCCUCUUCUAUGGGUGAAAGGGCACACAAAGAUUGGAAAAACAAAGAAAUAAAGAAGGGGACAGAGAAGGAAGAGUACAUUAGCAAUGUCAAUUAUUACUUAUAAUGUUAAUCAACUGUAUAUCUGUUCUUUACUUAGAAUUAAUUCAUAAAACAUACUAUUUUCUAUUUCCUUCUCCCCAAAAGUUUUAUGACUCUAUUUCAAUUCCUCUAAAUAAGGUUUACAAGCUCUGGGGUAUAGGGAAGGUAAAAAAAUAUUUCUCUUCUACCCAUCUAUCCAGAGGAACAAAUCCUGUGAUCAGAAGUUUAGAACUUACAGCCCAACCUCUGGGUAGGGGAGAGGGACUGGAAAUUGACUUAAUCAGCAAUUGCCAAUGAUGUGAUUGAUCAUGUCUAUGUAAUGAAGCCCUCAUAAAACCCCAAAAGGAGAGUUCAUAAAGUUGGGUUGGUGAACACACGGAGGGUGCUGGGAGGAUGGUGUACCCAGAAAGAACAUUGAUGCUCUGUGCCCAGUCUCCAUAUCUUGCCCUAUACAUCUUUCACUGGACUGUUCCUGAAUUAUAUCCUUUGUAAUAAAUAGGUAAACACAAGUAAAGUGUUUCCCUGAAUUUUGUGAGUUGUUUUAGUAAAUUAUCAAACCUGAGGAGGGGAUCGUGGGAACCUCUGAUUUAUUGCUGGGCAGUCAGUAGCAAUGUGAUAACCUGGACUUGCAAUUGGCAUUUGAAGUGGGGAGUGAGGGCAGUCUUGUGAAACUGAGCUCUUAACCUGUGCAGUCCGUGCUAACCCAAGGUAGAUAAUGUCAGAAUGGAAUUGAAUUGUAAGAUACCCAAUUGUUGUGGGGGGAAAAAUCCCAUACAUCUGGUGUGAGAGGUAAAGUACCGAGAGUAGCAGUAGUUGUAGUAGAGAUAGAGAUUUUUCCUUUAGUUGGUGUAGAGAAGUUUGUUUUUUGCUUUUUGCUUUUUGCUUUUUGUUUUUUGUUUGUUUGUUUGUUUGU